UCGGUACGGCUUAUUUAGACAGUCGUCUAUUUACUUUCAUCCAUCGCUCCCGUCUUACCGUGUCGGUUCGAACAUACACUAGACUCGUGGAUGAAUGAUCUAGAUCGCAAACACCAGGCUUUUUUCUUUCACGUGCCGAACCCGCGGACCGAGUCUCCUGACCUGACUGACUCUUCGUGAAAUCAUUCUACUUAUCGUCACCCAAUACCCAUCGCAGACAUGGCGUCCUCGUCUUCCAACGUCGUGGGUGUCCAUUAUAGGGUGGGAAAGAAAAUUGGUGAAGGAUCCUUCGGUGUUAUCUUCGAAGGCACAAAUCUUUUGAACAACCAGCAGGUGGCCAUAAAAUUCGAACCACGGAAGAGUGAUGCACCACAGCUCCGCGAUGAGUAUCGAACAUACAAGAUAUUGGUCGGAUGUCCGGGCAUUCCCAAUGUCUAUUAUUUCGGUCAGGAGGGUUUACAUAAUAUAUUGGUUAUUGAUUUACUCGGUCCGAGCCUUGAGGACCUUUUCGAUCACUGCAACAGACGCUUCUCGACUAAGACUGUUGUCAUGGUGGCUAAGCAGAUGCUCUCUCGAGUCCAAACAAUCCACGAGAAAAACUUGAUCUACCGGGAUAUUAAACCCGACAACUUCCUCAUUGGCCGCCCGAACUCCAAGGCCGCUAACGUUAUCCAUGUCGUCGACUUUGGCAUGGCCAAGCAAUAUCGUGACCCAAAAACCAAACAGCAUAUUCCCUAUCGUGAGCGGAAGUCGCUGUCCGGUACAGCCCGCUACAUGAGCAUCAACACCCACUUGGGACGGGAGCAGUCUCGGAGGGAUGACCUCGAAGCCUUGGGUCACGUUUUCAUGUACUUCUUAAGAGGGGGUCUUCCGUGGCAGGGAUUGAAGGCCGCAACGAACAAGCAGAAAUACGAAAAGAUUGGUGAAAAGAAACAAACAACUGCAAUUAAGGACCUUUGCGAAGGAUUUCCCGAAGAGUUCACCAAGUAUCUCACUUACGUCCGCAAUCUUGGAUUUGAAGAUACACCGGAUUAUGACUAUUUGAGAGACUUGCUCACGCAAGCACUCAAGAACGCUGGAGAGGUUGAAGAUGGUGAAUACGAUUGGAUGAAGCUUAACAACGGAAGAGGAUGGGAGUACAAGUCGUAUUCGUCCCAACAGCAUCUUCAUAACAAUGUGCUCCCCAAUUCAUCUGCCCGUGAGCUCCAUGCUCAGCAGCUUCGCGGCAGCCAAAGGCCCGGUGUGACUGCAGACCGUUUAAACGCCGCGCAGCCCCCGCCCCCUUCUCCGGCAAAGCCAGGAGCAGGGAAGACGCGCGAGCGGCAAAACGUCCCCGGCGGGAUGCCACCGAAACGCCAGAGCGGGGGAAUGGACACGACGCCGACGGUAUCGACUCAGGCACAGUUUCAGAAUUCGAACGCAAACAUCCCGGGUCGCAUGGGAAGCCCAGCCAACCCGACGAAGAAUAGCCAACAAGGCCAAGGCGCUCAAGGAAACGAUGAGCCGCAGCCUACUUUCGUCCAGAAAGUGAUGAAAGCAUUAUGCUGCGGUUGAUGCCCGGUUGAGCACGGAGAAUGUAAUUUUACAUCAUGUUGGCUUUCGACUUUCUUUCGUUCUUUCUUGUCUUCGCACUCCUAGGAGGGUUAAAGGCAGCAUGCAAUUAUACUCUGUUAUAACCCGGACGCUCCCCAUUUCCUUGAAUCAUGCUUGGAAGGCUUUACAGAAACUGCUGGCAGGUGAGCACAGGAU